AUGACUUUAAAACUUGAUUUAGAAUCUCAUGAAGAUCCAUUUAAAUUCCGUGCAACGUAUGAUGAGGUCAAUUCGGUUUUAAACCUGGAGAAAUUCCCAACCCCAGACAAUGAUAUAGUACUUAAAUCUCAGUCUAAAGUAACCAUAGUAGGAGGAGGACUUUCUGGGUUGACGUGUGCAAUAACAUGUAAGAAUGAGCUAAAAGAAGAUGAUGUCACUAUAUUUGAUAAAUAUUCGAAAUUUGGUGGGACAUGGUUUACAAGUAUAUACCCCGGGUGUGCAUGCGAUGUUCCGGCGGUUUGGUACUCGUUUUCCGCUGAAUUGAAUAGCAAUUGGAGCCAAUUAACACCAAGGCAAUAUGAAAUUGAAGAGUACAUAACCGAAGUAGUUAAGAAAUUAGAACUAGAUAGACAUGCUAAGUUUAGAACUGAAGUUGUCGAAUCAAGGUAUAAUGAAGAACUAGGUGAAUGGAUUGUACAUGGGAUAAAUUUGGACACGGGCCAACGAUUAGAACAUAAGACUAAGAUCUUGGUGAUUUCACAAGGAGGAUUAGUUUAUCCAAACCAUUUAAAAGCUGCAAAAUUGGGAGAUUUCGAAGGUGAAUACUUGCAUUCAGCCUUAUGGAAUUAUGAUGUAGAUUUGAAGGGUAAGGAUAUAGUAGUGGUUGGAAAUGGAUGUUCUGCUAGUCAGAUUAUUCCUCAAGUCCUUGAACAUUAUGAUCCCAAGUCCAUUGUUCAAAUUUUCCGGUCAAAGCAAUAUUAUUUACCUCCACUACCUGAAGUUGCACACACGGUGUAUAAGUUAUUUUCUGGUACAAGAGCUGGGAUAUUAUUUGUAAGAUGGUUCAUUGCCACAGUUGCUGAAUUGAAAUACCCACAGUAUAGUGGUGGUGGUGGAUUCCUAUCUAGAUUGAUCCGUUGGUUAAGCACGCGAGAAGCAAUUAAUUAUAUGGAACGUACAUGUCCUCUGAAAUAUCAUGAUAUGAUUAUCCCACAUUAUAAAAUUGGCUGCAAAGGACUUGUUUUUGAUUACAAAUACUUGCCAAGCUUACAUGAUCAACGGAUAUCUCUUGUAGAUAUCGGUAUUGAUCAUAUCGAGGCAAACCAUGUCGUUCUUGCCAGUGGAGAAAAACUACAUGCAGAUGUUAUAGUAGCAUGUACUGGAUAUGACUUAAAUAAGUCUUACAGUAAAGUACCUAUCUAUGGGAUAAAUGGAAUUUCCAUUAAAGAAUUAUGGGAAGAGGAAGGUCCAUCAGCUUAUGAAACUAUACUUAUUAAGAGAUGUCCCAAUCUCUUUGUAUUUGGUGGACCCAACUCCUCACCGGCUCAUUCUUCUCUUCUUCUGGGAGUAGAGAAUUCAUGCGCAUUAUUUAAAAAAUUUGCAACCAAAAUCUUAUCAGGCGAACUAAAAUCCAUCUGUGUCAAAGAUCUGAAAUAUGACGAAUGGAACUUUGAGACUCAACGGGUGUUGAGAAAUCACGUUCUAGGGACUCUGUAUGGGGGGUGUGGAUCAUGGUACACAGGCGAUCAGAACAGAAACAAUUACUCUUAUCCUUAUUCUCAAAUUUACUAUUGGUGGAGAAUGAAAUAUCCAAAAUGGGAUGAUUUUAUUCUUGAAAAGAAUUAA